AUGCUUCCGGCGCAGCAACUCGCGCCGAUCAGUCCGUGGCCGCCCGACGGCAUGCUGGACCGCAUGGAUGACUUGGCGCACAAAGGGCACAGCGGUGUUAACCAGCUCGGCGGCGUGUUUGUAGGGGGCCGGCCGCUGCCCGACUCUACGAGGCAGAAGAUUGUAGAGCUCGCACAUUCUGGCGCCCGGCCUUGUGACAUCAGCAGGAUCCUGCAGGUCUCCAACGGCUGCGUGUCCAAGAUACUUGGCAGGUACUACGAGACGGGGUCGAUACGACCCCGGGCCAUCGGUGGGUCGAAGCCUCGGGUGGCCACUGCAGAAGUCGUAAGCAAAAUCGCACAAUACAAGCGCGAGUGCCCGUCUAUCUUCGCCUGGGAGAUAAGAGAUCGCCUUCUCAGUGAAGGUGUCUGUACAUCUGAUAAUAUUCCUAGUGUAUCAUCAAUAAACCGAGUACUUCGUAAUUUAGCAGCACAGAAAGAAAAGUCAAGCAAUCAGCAAUCCGACUGUUCUACUCCUGUAUACGAAAGGUUACGAUUGCUUGGUAGCGCCGGGUCUACUCCAGCAUGGCCAAGGACACCCUGGCCUUCGCAGAUAGACACCAGGACCCCACCCUACCAGCUCCAUAGCUUGAGUCCAGGGCCACAAGCUAUAGGAUGCAACGGCACGGAUCUCCCGGUGUUAAAAAAAGGUGAAGAGCAAUUAGAAGGUCUAGAAGGUCUACACUCAGAUGAAACGGGUUCUGGAGACAAUUCAAACGCAGGGUCUAGCGGGGCGGAUGAGGACGCAGCAAGGCUACGUCUCAAACGCAAACUCCAACGUAACCGCACUAGCUUUACUAAUGAACAAAUUGAUAGUCUUGAAAGAGAAUUUGAACGAACUCACUAUCCAGAUGUGUUCGCGAGAGAGAGACUCGCCGCAAAAAUAGGACUUCCAGAAGCUAGGAUACAGCCACACCGGCUCGUGCUCGCGCGAAAUGCGCUGUUAACGAAACCCGACAUUAAGGUAUGGUUCUCGAAUCGUCGCGCGAAGUGGCGUCGUGAAGAGAAGAUCCGCAGCCAGCGACGAAGCCCCGAGUUGUACCACCAACCCCAGGCCCAUGCGCCCCAUGUGCCUCACGCUCUGGGGCACGUGCCCCACGCGCCCACGCCCACGCCCCACGCGCCCGUGCCCCACGCGCCCCAAGCGCCGCACGUGCCUCACGCGCCCCACGCACAGCACUAUCAGUCGCAGAUCAACGUGGAUGGUUAUAGCCCGCUGACCCCGAUGGGCUACAACAUGGAGGCGGGGUGCGAGGGCGAGGAGGUGUGCAAGGGCGGGUUCCUGUACCCGCGCUACGAGCUGCCCUACCGCCAGCACUACAACCCCUACCAGCACGACGCCGCCUCGCCGCCGCCCGAACUAGGCGGUCUCCUGGGCGCGGGGGUGUCCGUGCCGCUGGCCGUGCCCGCGCAGGAGCAGUACUGGCCGCGUCUGCAG